AUGGAGCGCGUCUCCGUCAUCGGCUCGCUCCGUGAUGGGCGUGAUGCUGCGCUCCCCAUGGCCCUCACGACCGGCCUCAACGCGUGGAUGCGUCAACUGGUGUUUCGCAUGGUUGCGUGGGAUGCAGAUGCCAGGCCUUCAGCGGUGGAGGUGCUGGAUGAGUUGGAUGCUGAUCAAUGGGCUUCAGGCAGUCUGGACAGAUGA